GAGGUUUCUUAUUGGUCAGUUCUCCGGAAGCUGAAGGAUUCAGAUUCGCGAGCUCUGGGCUGUGACUUCGAAGCCGGUGGAUGCGUGUGAAUGGUGCUUGGCUGCCGCGCGCGUGGGCCCGGCGCAGGAUGUUCGUCCUGGUGGAGAUGGUGGACACCGUGCGCAUACCUCCAUGGCAGUUUGAACGGAAGCUCAACGACUCCAUUGCCGAGGAACUGAACAAGAAAUUGGCCAACAAGGUUGUAUACAACGUGGGACUCUGCAUCUGUCUGUUUGAUAUCACCAAGCUGGAAGAUGCCUAUGUAUUCCCAGGGGAUGGAGCAUCACACACCAAAGUCUCUUUAGGGUUCUUCGAUGACAUUCUCAUCCCCCCUGAGUCACUGCAACAGCCUGCCAAGUUUGAUGAGACAGAACAAGUCUGGGUGUGGGAGUAUGAGACGGAGGAGGGAGCUCAUGACCUGUACAUGGACACUGGUGAGGAGAUCCGCUUCAGGGUGGUGGAUGAGAGCUUUGUGGACACGUCCCCCACAGGACCCAGCUCAGCCGAGGCUGCCUCUUCCAGCGAGGAGCUGCCAAAGAAGGAAGCGCCAUACACGCUUGUGGGAUCAAUCAGUGAGCCAGGCUUGGGCCUUCUAUCUUGGUGGACCAGCAACUAGUCCUGAAUUUAACAGUGACUCUGCCCAGACCCUCUACAGUGGAGCAGUUUGCAAAUUCUGAGGAGUGCUGCCCAGAACCAGCUGGGUGGGACCAGGAGUGCCACUUGCUUGUCUUCUCCCUUCCUAGCUCUGGUUCUCUGCCUUCUGGAGUCACCCCGAAGACGUCCACACUGGAUUGCUUUUGGUUUUUUGAGUCUCCUGUCUGGGCUGGCGUCUCACUUGCUGUAGCAUAGAAUAACAUUGAGUUUACGUGGUAGUUAGGAUGGGGUGGAGCCAGGGCUUUGUGCACACCAGGCAAGCACUCUCCCAACAUCUCCAGCACAAGGACUGUUUUUUUCUUCAGUGCUGAGAAUGGAACCCAGGGCCUCUUUCAUGCUUGGCAGGUAUUGUACUACUGAGCUAGGCCUAUCCUAUGCCUUCCUGUGAACUUCUGGUUUUCUUAGUGACUGAAGAAACAUUUAAUAUAUAAUGAAAGCAGCAGGAAACACCCCUCCCCUUUUGAAUAGCUGACAUUAUGAUCUGAGGUCACUGAGUUGCCAUCCUAGGACAGCAUUCCCAAACCCCACAGAUGUGUAGGCAUUUAUGAGACCAGACUGACUCUAGUUGAACUUGGUUCUGAAGGGACCAGCUCCCCAUUUCGGUAGCCAUAACAGCUGAACACGUACUUGUCUGACCUUGCCUUGGUCACUAGAAGGUCAGAUGCCUGCCUCGUGGCAAGGAACCAAUCAGAAGUUAGCUGG